AUUCUCUCAGUCAUUUAACGUUUGGAAGUGAAGGCGGUUGUAUUGUGAAAGAUGAAGAAAAUAUAUCUUGCUGCUGUAGCAGGAAAUCUAGGUAUGCUGACAGUCGGCCAAUAUUUUGGUUGGACUUCGCCAUCUUUGCCUAAACUGAUGCAAGGAAAAGAUGAAACAUAUCCUGUGCUUUUGCGUUCAGAAGAAGCAUCUUGGGUGGCAUCUUUACUUAUGUUUGGUACAUUGAUUGGUGUUAUUAGUUGUGCAUUUAUAGUGAAUAUUAUUGGUAGAAAAAACGCCAUGUUAUUCGCUGCUGCACCUUCAAUUAUUAGUUGGAUGAUGAUUGUCUUCGCAACAUCAGCGUGGGAACUUUAUAUAUCGAGAUUUUUGGCCGGAUUUAGUACAGGCAUCACUUAUAUGGCUACACCAAUGUACAUUUGUGAAAUUUCACCAGCAGAUAUUCGUGGUAAUUUGGCAUCCAUGCUCACAGUCGUUUCGAAAAUUGGUACCACACUCGAAUACGUGAUAGGUUCAUUCCUAUCAGUGAAAAAUCUCGCUUUAGUGUCCUUGGCAGGGCCUUGCAUGUUUUUCGUAGCUUUUAUUUGGGUACCAGAAUCUCCGUAUCAUUUAAUGCGACGCAACGCCAGAGAAAAGGCCAUAGAUUCUCUCGUUCAAUUAAGAGAUAAAAACGAUGUUUAUAAAGAGGCAGAUGAGAUCGAACAGUCUGUAAAAGUUGAUUUGGCAAAUAAUAGUGGUUUCCGUGAACUCUUAUGUGUAUCCGGAAAUCGCAAAGCCCUUUUGAUACUAAUAAUAUUAGGAUCUUUUCACCAUAUGAGCGGCGUUCAGGCCGUGGAGCAAUACGCUGAAUUAAUUUUCGACCAGGCAAAUAGUAAUUUGGAGGGCAAAUAUUUAACCAUGAUACUGGGCGCGGUACAAGUGGUUAGCACCGUCGUCUGUAUGUUCAUCACCGAUCGUAGCGGCAGGAAAUCGCUGUUGAUGAUCUCUUUAAUCGGUUCAGCCUGUUCGACCGCCAUGGUCGCGAUAUAUUAUUUGCAGCAUGAUAAUGUGAACAUGAGCAAUCUAACAUGGUUGCCUGCCGUUGGUGUAAUCAUGUAUGUAAUCAUGUUUUCUGUAGGUUUGUCCGCGUUACCGGUUGUCUUGAUUGGUGAAUUAUUUCCCACGAAUGUGAAGGCUCUUGGCAGCAUGGUAACUAUGCUUUCAUCCGGUGUUGUUGCUUUCGGUGUGACAAAUUUGUACCUAAUUAUAGUUGCUAAUUAUGGCAUACACGUACCAUUCUGGAUAUUUACAGCAUGUAGUUUUGUUGGUGCUUUAUUCACAUUUGUCUACGUACCUGAAACCAAAGGCAAGACUUUGCAGGAGAUCCAGAAUAUUUUGCACUGCUCGUCGAGUACAGAUGCAAAAAUCUAAAAAGAAUUAUUUUUACGUUAAAUUUUUUUGAUGACAAUAAAUAGUUAGUUUAUGUAUAAUUAAAAUUUUAUUUGUAAUUGUAAGUUAAUCUUAUAAUUAUUCCUGCAAUUGUUUUGCUCUAAUUGAUCUGUAAUAAUAAGUUAUAGCAAACUAUAUCUUCUAUUACUUUUGUUAAGUAAAGAAUUGUAAAGUACAAAAUGCAGCAAUGCUGUUAAUGUACAAAAAUUAGCGAAUAUUUUUAUAUCGUGACAUUUUGACAUUUAUGAUAAAGAAUAUUA